AUGAGAUACACGCUAGGGGAAAAGGAAAAGGGAACGAAAGAGCCGAAAAAGUCAUCUAAUGUGUUGUGGGGUCGUCGAAAGCAGGUGUCAACAGUCUCUGGCCUUGUCAGUCUACUUUUCGUGCUCUUCGGUCAGCUCUACGUCCUGUUUGCUCAAAUCUGUAUGAGUCACUUCGGUGGCUCACUGCAAGAUGGAUCACGCAAACUUGUUGAAGUCUGGCCUAUGGCCUUUUACAAUGACUACCUCCCCGGCAUCACAUUAGGUCCUGUGCUCGGCUAUGCGGGUUGGAUUGCUUUCCAGGGAUUGCUUUACUGGGUUCUUCCUGGGAGAAUCGCCUAUUCUCCUCCCACUCCUGGAGGAAAUAUUUUGCCUUAUCGCAUGAACGGCCUAUUGUCUUUUUCUCUGACUAUCGCCGUCGUCGCAGUGGCAGCUGCAUGCAAUGGUGCUAAGUUGAUAGCUGGGCUAGCGGAGAACUGGACAUCAUUUCUCGUGGUCGCGAAUGUCUAUGGACUGUUAGUGGCCUUGCUGGCACAGAUCAAGGGAUAUACGAUGCCCACUUGUGAAAAGGAUCGAAGAAUGAGUGGAUCUUUAAUUCACGAUUUUAUGGCGGGUGUCGAAUUGAACCCUCGGUUGGGCUCGUCUUGGGAUUUGAAAUUGUUCCAUAUCGGGCGACUAGCAAUGAAUGCCUGGAUUGUCAUUGAUAUCUCAUUUAUGGCCCAGCAAUAUCGUCAGUUUGGAAGCGUUUCCAAUUCAAUCAUCAUUGUCACUAUUCUUCAUUCGAUAUACGUCGUUGAUUUCUUCUACAAUGAGGAAUGGUAUUUGGCAACUAUAGACAUGGCACACGAUCACUUUGGCUUUUACUUAGGAUGGGGCUCAGCAGUCUGGCUACCAGUGAUCUACACAUCGCAGGCUCAAUAUCUUAGCUCACAUUUUGUGCAUCUCAGUCCGUUCGCUUGCGGGGCGAUUCUAACAACAGGAAUAUUAGGUUAUAUCCUCUUUCGACUAGCGAAUUUCCAGAAGGACAUUCUGCGGCGGACGCAGGGGAAGUGCCAGAUAUUUGGAAGCAAACCUCGAGUUGUCCAGGCUCAGUAUACCACGGCAGAUGGAAAAGUUCAUCAAUCACUCUUACUACGCUCUGGUAUGUCUUAUAGUUAUCGAAAGUGUGCUUAUGGUAAAACUGACUGUUGA